GUAUUUUCCGUUUGUUUAUUUUGAUGCUGUGUGCUAGCUGGAUGAUGUGUGGACCAGCAGAAGGAGAGAGGAGCGUGGCAGGCUAGUCUUCCUCCUCAUAUGGCAGCAGUGUUGGUGAAAUGUCCGUUUGUGUGGCCGCUGCUGUGGCUCUGCGUCCGGCUGUCCGAGACCCAAAACACCCGAGUCUCUAUGGACGAUGACAUCCUGCUGCCUUACAGCCACGGCCACGGACCCUCCCACUCUCACCGCCAUGUCAGAGACUGUCAGCUACUUGUUCACGGCAACGUCACCCACGAAAGCUGGCCCUCCAGUGACCACAGUGGGCUGCCAGUGGCCGAGUCCACAAAGUUUGUCUCGGCUGUGGCGGAAAACACCAGAUGGGUUUACGGUCACAUGACGGUGGUCCACGACCCGCUGAGGACGGUGUCGGUAUUAGAGCCAGGUGGGCCGGGCGGCUGCGGGAUGAAUCAGAGAGCCACGGUGGAGGAAACGGCUGAGGCUGCCGGGUGUCUGUACGCCCAGAACGCCGGCUUCUUCAACACAAAAACAGGCCAGUGUCUGGGCAAUGUGGUGAGCGAUGGCAGUAGGGUCCAGGACAGCGGCGGGCUGCAGAACGCACAGUUUGGAAUCAGGAGAGACGGCACUCUGGUGUUUGGCUAUCUAUCGCAGGACGAUGUUUUGGACCAGUCCAACCCGUUUGUCCAGCUGGUCAGUGGUGUGGUGUGGCUGUUAAGGGGCGGCGAGGUUUACAUCAACCAGAGUCUGAUAGCUGAGUGUGACAAGUCACAGGAGACGGGGCAAUUCCGCACUUUUGUGGACGUGGUGUCGGCGAGGACGGCGGUGGGCCAUGAUGCCGAGGGCAGACUCAUCCUGUUUCAGAUCGAUGGACAGACUGGAGUGAGGGGUAUGAAUCUUCGGGAGUUGGCUGAGACUCUGAAGAGCUACGGGGUCAUCAAUGCCAUCAAUCUGGAUGGAGGCGGAUCUUCCACAUAUGUGACUGGUGGCAAAUUGGCCAGCUAUCCCUCUGAUCACUGCAAAUCAGACGGCAGGUGGCGUUGUGCUCGGCCCAUCUCCACCAUCUUGUGUGUACACCAGCGGCGCUGCCAGCCAGCAAACUGCAGCGGACACGGAGACUGUGUGGACGGACGUUGUCGGUGUCAGGAGGGCUGGCAGGGUGCCGCCUGUGACUCUCUGGUGUGUCAGCCGCCGGCCUGCGGCACUCAUGGCGUCUGCACUGCCAAUGGUUGUGUCUGCGAUGCUGGAUGGAGAGGAAAGAACUGCAGCCAAGAGUGCCUCCCGGGUUUCUAUGGUGACAGCUGCAAUCAAACCUGCGCCUGUGUCAACGGCGGCUCCUGCGACCCCGUCCACGGACGCUGCACUUGCCCUCCUGGUUUCCACGGCAACACCUGCGAACAAGUGUGUCCGCUGGGUUUCUUCGGCCCAUCCUGUGCUCAGGAGUGUCACUGUGACAACCAGUGUCCGUGUGACCCGCAGACAGGAAGCUGUAACGCCACACUGCGAGGAGAGAGCAACUACACCUUACACAGAGCUGGACAGUGUCUAGCCAAGAAGAUGUUUACAUCUUGGAGACAGGAUGAAGACGCUCACAGGGAGCAGCCUUAUCUCGCAGAGCGUACCUGGCUUAUAAUCACCUUCAGCCUGUCCAGUCUGCUGUCCAUCAGCCUGCUGGUUCACCUCGUGCAGGCAUGUCGUGGCUCAGCAGUCGCUCACUUCUCCGAGCGACGAGACUACUCCUUAGUCCCGCUGACCGACAUCAACGGAGCCGCUGCACGUUCCCGAGCAAGUGCCAAGAAAUCCGGUUUGGUUUUGGACGACUCGGACUCUCAGGACGAAAUCUGGACGCCGUCAGGCUCGGGGAGGUUGUAGCUGUCAGGAGGACGAAGAGCAAGGGCGCUCUGUUUUUGCACAAAGAGAAACAACUGAAGCUCAGUGUUCCUCUGCUUAAUUUAAUUUCCGCUGACAAUCCUGCUGAAAUGAAAAGGAAGCUAAAUGACGAAGCACAACAGAUUGGUCACGUGUUUUCACUCUGCUGACAUCCACUGAUUAUGAUGAUGAUGAUGAUUGCUCACAUGUCUUCAUUUACAGCCCAGGCCUUUUAAUCUGCUGAUGAAAGGACAGCCAGGGGUCAAGGCUUUAUUUUGUCAGGGACCUGGAUGCCUCAGCUCCAGGUAGGACAAGCUUUAUAAUUAGUUGCCAUGGAAACUGAUGAACUUUGAGCUCCGACCGGCGACCUGUGUCACAAAGUUAUCCAGAUUUCUUUGAGCUUAACUCAGGUGUUUCCAGUAUCAGGAAGCUGGUUCACUUUUCACCAGAGUUUAUCACCAUGGUAACUCCGAUUGAUCACCAUGGUAACAGCUGAACAGCUGACCCGCUCCAACUUCAAGAGCAGCUCAACAACUGACCAGUCAUUUCUACAGGAUCCAUGCAGGGACAAAAGUAGUGAGUAAUAUAAGACAUAAGACAUUUUUAAUAUAUAGUUGUCUUUUUUACACAACCACAUUAAAACCUCUAACAAACAGACAGCUUAUAGUGAAACCACGGCAGUUAAUGUAAUGGCAAUUAUAGCUGCAUAUUAGGCCUUAGUUUAUUUUAUAGAUAUUAUUUAGUCGGUUUAACAUGUAAUAAAGAUCUGUGGAGCCCCUAAUCUCAUGCACAAGAUAAAAAAAAAUCACCUUUUUUGGUAUUCUGAAUAUAGUUACUGUCUUUAAAAUAGAUAACUUGAAGGGAUUACUUUCUUUAAUUUGCUCUAACACUGUGUCUUAACUGAACUCAACCUUAGCGAGCUUCAGUUUGUUGUAUUGAAAUGUUCCAACUGGCUGUGAGCGACAGCGCUGCUGUGUUGAGCUAAAUUUUUGUCGGGUGCCGUGUUUGUAUUAAUGCUUCUCACUCGCGAUGAGGAACGGCUGAUUCACGAAGUCAAAAUGAGGAAUUAUCUCCACAAUAACUCAUUUAACUAUAAAGCCCUUCUGUGUGGAGUUUGCAUGUUCUCCCUGUGUCAGCGUGGGUUUCCUCCAGGUGCUCCAGCUUCCUCCCACAGUCCAAAGACAUGCAGGUUAAUUGGUGACUCUAAAUUGUCCGUAGGUGUGAAUGUGAGUGUGAAUGGUUGUCUGUCUCUAUGUGUCAGCCCUGUGAUAGUCUGGUGACCUGUCCAGGGUGAACCCUGCCUCUCGCCCAAUGUCAGCUGGGGCAGGCUCCACCCCCCCGCGACCCUCAACAGGAUAAGUGGUUACUGAAAAUGAAUGAAUGUAAAAAUGACCAUCUAACAACAACCUACUUGUCGUUGGCUAUAUUGUACGUCAUUUCCAGUAAAUAUCACAAUAUAAAACAUUUUUCUGCUUAAAAAGUACGAACACAGACGUGUUUUUUUUUUUACAUGACAAAGCAGUAAUGCAGAGCGACUCUUUAGGACACAGUUUCCCAUGAACACAUUAAAAAAAGUGCGUGCAGUGCAGCUGCCACACGAUAUAAGACCCAGACAAAUGAGCUCAGCAAGAUAAUUUUGAGGUAUUGAAAAAGUAAUCCAAAGCAUUCAGUAAUCUAAUGGAAUACAUUACAAAUUACAGUACAGGGCAUGCAGUCAGUAAUCUGUAGUGAAACAUGUUUUAAACUUUAGGGGCUCCAUUAAAAGGAUCAAAAUGUCUUAAAACUCCCUUCAAACUACAAGUUGAUGAUGUACUUAAGUAAGUCUAUGUAAUCAUACUCAGAUUGUAUUUGGAUAUUUUUCCUUUCCUUGCUGAUUGAUCUCACUAAAAGUCACUUGUUGCUGCUGCAGGUAUCAGGGUUUUUCUUAUGUUAUAUUAAAUGCUUGUACGCACUCCUAUCUGGAUCAGAAACCAGCUUCAUGAUACCACUGAUCCAGGAUCACCUGUGUUAAGCUCCGUACAGCCAGGUAACCCAAAGAGUGCCAGACCUAGUUGGAUGUGCAUCACGACACAGACUUGUAAGUUGAACUUGCUUCGUCAUACAGGCUCCUGGAAAGAUGGUGUUUUGAGCUCGUUGCCACGUAAACAGAUGAACUUUGAACUCGAACCGUGACGUUCAAAACAAACAGUCACUGGGGUUUUUUUUUAUCAGACAGUUUCUUAUCAACAUGAGGAUUUUAAGAUGUUUCGUCAGACUGCACUGAGCUCUGAAUGUAAAAAGAGGUUAAUGUGCACAUUUCAUAUCUGAUGUAAAAAUUCAAGAAGCACAAUUUUCUUCAAGGUGCCACGAAUAUGUGCUCGGUUUAAACUUCUCUGUAGAGCUUUGUAUCUUAUCAAGAUUUCUUACCGCUGACUGAAAAAACAUUCUUUAUAAUGUCAUUUGUAAAUGUCACCAAAUCUCCUGAUAUGUAACAGACAGGUUCUUUUUCAAUGUUUUAAACAUGUUAAUAAAUGUGAAUAUCA